CCGCGGGGGGAUGGGGAGUUGGUGAGGAAGCUACUGCAGUCGUGCGAGUAUUUAGUUCGUUCGUUAAGUUUACCUCAUUCGAGUCGCGGGCACUGACGUUAGCGUACAACAAGCCGCUGUCUCGGUCCAAUAAGGCGGUGUUUAAGUUCGUGUGUGUGUUACUGUCAUCUUAUUUAUUUUGUUCCAUAUUCGAGCAAGUGUUUGGCAUAUAUAGGGCGUCAACCAGCCGCGACUUGUAUCCUACUGAAACAUGACGGAAUACAUAAGCUUUGUCGUGGAGGGAAGCAUGGAGGACACUGACCUGGAGCACAGCGAGGAAGAGGAGGAGGAGGAGGAGCCGGAGCUGCCAGAUCACGACUACGACGUUCCACAGCAGCACGUGUACAAGCGCGGCUGGAGCAAGGCGCGAUGGACCAGAGAGGAGGACGAGAGGCUGAAACAGUUGGCGGAGCGAUUCGGAACGGACGACUGGAAAGUUCUCGCAAGCUACAUGACUAAUCGAAGUGAUGCUCAGUGUAUCCACCGCUGGCAAAAGGUCCUGAACCCGGCUCUGGUGAAGGGCCCAUGGACUAAGGAGGAGGAUCAGAAGGUCAUCGAGCUGGUCAUGAAGUACGGUCCCAAGCGCUGGUCACUCAUCGCCAAGCAGCUCAAGGGUCGCAUCGGCAAGCAGUGUCGCGAGCGCUGGCACAACCACCUCAAUCCCGCGGUGAAGAAGUCGUCGUGGACCGAGGAGGAGGACCGCAUCAUCCAUGAGGCACAUAAGCAACUGGGAAACCGCUGGGCCGAGAUCGCCAAGCUGCUGCCCGGGAGAACCGACAACGCCAUUAAGAAUCACUGGAACUCCACACUGAAGCGCAAAGUGGAGCAGGAGGGCUACCUGCAGGAUCUUCCGUGGCCUCUGUGCCCUGACACCAAGUUUCAGUCCGACGCCUUCCCGGUCCUUGCACCGGACAGCCCCAGCCGCGAUGAGCAGGAUUCUGGAUGUGCAAUCAACCCGGAGAUGAGCACUAGGUUAAAAUCGAUUAAGGCCACUCAGGAUGCACCAGUCAAGGAACAGCGAACACAGGCCUUAAGAAUUAGAAUUUCCUCCGAGCAACGUGUCGCAGACUCGCAGACCACUGAGAACACAGGUGUUGUGGAGGUGGUCGACCUCAUCGACUGGAGUGGCGGUGCCGCCAUCGCCAACUUCAAAGACGCCGUGAGGCCUCUCGGUGGGGGCAGCCCCCGGUGCGAUCACACUCAGAAUUGGCCUGUCCACCAGGCCGGGGGAGUUAGCGCCGAGGCCACCACUCCGAUCAAGUACCUGGCCGUGGCCCAGCUCUCGCCGCUCAAGAAUGUGCCGGAGUUUGCCGAGACGCUGCAAAUGAUCGAUUCGACCAUGCUGCACGAUGACAGCUCGUGGAGCGAUAGCCUCAUGCUGGAGAUCCUGGGUGAUUCUGCGGUGGCGCGGCAAUGCCCUGCCCUGACGCCUUGUGUCGCCCCCCACCGGUACGGGCCCAGCUCGUCCAAAGUCUUCUCCCUGCACUGCCCGAGCAGCAGCGUUAGCAGCGGCAGCACGAGUGGCAUCGGCAGCACAAGCGGCAUCAGCAGCACGGACACCAGCGAAGUGGCGGAGCGCACGUGCCACGGCGACGGCGGCCAACGUAGCUCUCUCGGCACGAGCGGCCUAGCCGUGGCCAUCGGCUGCGGCCAAGGCAAAGCCGACCCGAUCGCGUCGUCGGCUACGACCGCCCGCUUGACCAGCCAGCCCGCAAUCCUGCGUAGGGGGCGGGACACGACGCCGCGUGGCGAAGCCACGGAGGGCGCGAGCUCGCUCAGCUUUGGCAGCCUGGAUCUGAGCAGGACACCGCCGAAAUCGAAUCGUCUGCACACCCUGCCCUUCUCUCCAUCACAGUUCUUGAACACGGCGGAGCGGGAGAAGCUACAGAUGGAAACGCCGUCCCUUACAUCGACGCCCGUCUCUCGCCAGAAGCUCACGGUCGGGACGCCACUGCAGAGAGAGUGCACGCCUGGCCAUACCAAGCAAAACGGGUUCAGGACACCCAACAUCCGAUGCUCACUAAUGGAGACUACCCCAAGGACACCCACGCCAUUCAAAAACGCUCUGGCGGCACAAGAGGUGAAAUACGGACCUCUCAAGGGACUGCCGCGGACCCCCUCCCAUCUUGAGGAGGACCUCAGGGACGUGCUCCGGACCGUGUCGGCAUCCCACGAUGGCUUCACAGACGACUCGGAGCACUCGCCGUCCCCCGCCAACAGACCCAGGCCCGAGGCAAGGAUGAUGAUGGGCUCUCCAGCCAAGAAGGCUCGCAAGUCACUUGUGCUAGACGUUUGGAGCAGCGACAAUCUGAACACCAAGCUCUUCCCUUGCGAGCCAUCGGUUUCUCCCGGUGGAAGCCCCCUACGCCAGGCACGGGAGCUGCUGACGAGCUCUCUGCUCAUGCGUCCCGUCACCGGCCGUGCGGAGGACUCGCUGCUGGGUCACGUGCGGACCCCCUGUGUAGCCCGGCCACUCGGGUUGCCCUCCUCCAGCGCCUAUGAGGGCCGCACGCCAAGAGAGGGCAGGGGUCAAAUGAACAGCGACUGGGAGGUGGUGGCGUUUGGCAGAACGGAAGACCAACUUUUACUGACUGAGCAAGCCAGAAAAUACAUGAAGCUGCUUGCCGCCAGGACGCUAAUAUUAUAGCUACUUGUCGGGGAGCUUUUCUGGUCUAUUAAGCACGGGUACAAUGUUACAGUUUAUAGUUCCUUGGGAUGCUUUGGUCAGGUAGACGAUGCCCUCUCUCAAAGUCUCCUCCCAUGCGGAGUGGUGAUGAUGAUGAAGUAAAGACCCUUCCUUCCUUACCCCACAUCCUAGGGCUUUCCAACUGAAGCACGGGGUCGUCAAUUCAGAGGUCGCAGGUUCAUUUACCAUGCUUGGCAGUUGAAACAUUGGGCAAAAUUCUUAAAUCCACCCCCUCUACACUUUUCAUCCAACAGCAUAAUAGGUACGCCAGUUAGUCGAAUGACAGGUUGUGCGUGGUGAGGUAGCGUGUUAGUACUCCCACCUCUUCGAAGACACCCAGCCAGUGUAGAAGAGUAGGCCAAAAUACUCCAAUCGGUGCUCUCCCAAGGCUCCAUAGAGGGGCUCUAGAGCUCCCUUAGUGGGGGCCCUUCUGCCGGCAGUGACUUGAGCACGAAAUUACAGGACUUUAUCUUUUACAUAAAAUUGCAGUUGCUUAAGUAUCAAUUAUAAAGUUGGAAUUUUACACAGUAAAGUUAGUGACUUGAUAAAACUCAUGGUAAAUUUUCCUGGGUUUCUGUCUCCUAAGUCACACGUUGCAAAGUUUCUGUGUAACAAAGAUUUGCCUUGACUUAAAGCUUUCGUGACUGCAGGAAUUAAUAUUCUUUGGGUCUUUCGGUAAAGUCGCAUUAGA